CUCAAUUCUUCAGCACUUGGAGUCUCACAAAGUUUUGCAAUGUUGGAUUUUCCAAGCAAUGAGGGGGAAUCUCUAGAGCUGCGUGUGACAUAUAACCAUACAGAGGGGCAACAAGUUGAUCAUUUGCCACUGGCAAUUCCAGCGUUUACAAAACAACUGCUUUCGGGGUCAAAAUUCAGUACCAUACUUCCUCUAGAUGAAAUUCCAGAGUGGUUCAUCACUACAUCUACCAGAAAUCCCAUAUCAAUCUCAAUACCUCCAAAUCUGGCCGAUGAUAACACGUGGAAUGGAUUUGUCGCGUGUGCUAUAUUCUCAGUCAAGGGGCAUGCUGCUCUCUCCCUUAUUGAACCGGAUCCUGAUUUUUCUAAUUACUCAUAUCAAAUCACAUUGGAAACUGAUGUUAUGCGUCUGGAACCAUAUGUGUUGGGACUGGAUUCAGUGGUAUUAGGCCGCUUUAGAUCAAUUUCUCAUCUGCUUGCGAUUUUCUUUAUAUCUAGUUUGAAGUUUCCACAGAGGGGAUUAAAUCAAUCAACUGUGGUAAGUGCUAUGUUUGAAACUACCAAUCCAUCCAUGGUGAUCCAGAAAUGUGGAAUUCGUCCAGUCUAUGAGCAAGAUGCUGGAUGGUUCUCCAGAAUAAUCGGGCGGAAUGAUUUGAUUUGUCUGAAUAAAGUUGAUGACACCACCUCUAUAUGGCUUGAACAAUACACCGCCUGUGUAUUGGAGUCUGGCUGGCUUAGUCAAUCUUUGGAAUGGGAGGAAUUCAUUCCACCCUUGGAAGAAGAAUCCACACUUGUGCUGAGAAAGAACCUUGAGUAUGUUCUUCCGAGAUACCUUGAGGUCGAUCCAUCUGUGUUUCUCUCUAGCUACUUUAUAUGAUAUCUCUCUAAUCUCUAUAUCUUUGAAAUAAAACAUGUUACUAAUUAAUUAAAUUUCACAUUUUCACUAUUCCAGGAGCUAAAUCAUUACUGUGCAACUUUUGAAUUAAACAUCAGAGGAAGCCCACAGUGGUUUCAGUCGUUUGUCUCUAAUACGAGGUUAAAUUUGACCAUAGGGUCAAUCAAGCUGCCUCAAAAUCUACAUAAGAGCAAUAAAUGGAAGGGAUUUGCAAUAUACGCAUCACUUGUAGAGGAAGUGGGACAGACAAUGAAAGAGGACAACUAUCGGAUAUAUGUUACACUAACAACUGGGGAUAUAUCUGGGAAGAUGAUGUCCCUAGAACUUAAGCAUGUCAGGCCAUUGUCAGAAGAACAUCAUCAACUAUUGGUUAUUUACAUACCGCGAGCACAGAUUCCCGAAGCGUUGUUCACUCAGACAUUAACAACUGCAAUGGACUUUUGCAUACAUAUCAGUGAUAGCCCUCAUGUAAAGGUUCAAAGAUGUGGGUUCCGUAUUGUGUACCAGGAAGAUAUACAAGGGUUUGCUGAUAC